UCGAGCUCCGAUACUCCGACAACCGCGACCUCACGUGGCAUCUGAGUGAAUUUGCAUCCGGGAGCUCGUCGCGCCUUCCGCCAUUUGUGUGAAGUUUGCUGGAAAAAUAGGGAAAUAUUCUGGAACGCGGCACGAUUCUACAUCUCUUGCCAAAGAAUGCCGUAUCAUGAGUGAAGCAAUCGCACCUACAUCUGCCGUGGAAGUGCAGAGUUCUCAUUCUGUCAAUCUUGGAAGUAAUGUGACCAUGGCCAAUGCAUCUUCCCUAUUAGCAAAUGUUACGACCACAAGCGCAGCCACACUUACCCCUUUGCCAGUCAUGAAUCUUACUCUACCCUUCUUGAAUGGUGCACAGGGAUUCGUGAUUGGGACAACAGCAGAUGGCAAUGCCUUCCUUGUUGACACCUCACAGUUGUCUUUUCUUGGCGGUAGUGGCAUACUUGGUGACGGGAAUAACGUGCUGCAGUUGGCUGUCCAAGGUGAAUCAGAUACUGAGGCAGUCACACUGUUGCAACAACCACAGCAGUCCACCCAAUUGCUCAAUGGCUCUACAACUGCCAAAGGUCCCAUCAAAACUAUUCAUGCAACCAUUACUGAGUUGCCUCCACGACUACCGUUCAGUGGCAAGAAGUUACCCCGAGUGUUGCCCCGUAUGGAUGAUGUUGACCCUCCAGUUGGAAAGGCACCCUUCAAAUGUGACACAUGCAGCAAAAUUUUCUCUAAGUGGAACCAACUGCAAAAACACUGCAAGAACCACACUGAGGACAAGCCACACCGUUGCGUUAAGUGCGAUGCCUCAUUCAACCACGAAGUUAACCUUCGCCUGCAUGCAGUCACCCACAUGACAGGGGAUGAAGCUUGUGUCUGCCCUGAAUGUGGGAAACACUUCUCUAGAGUUGCCAGCCUCAGGGCACACUUGAUGCUGCAUCAAAAAGAAGAAAACCUCAUCUGUUCAGAAUGUGGUGAUGAGUUUGGAACACAGACGCAGUUGGAUCGCCAUGCCCAAGGUCACAAGGAGGACUUGGGCUCCCGGGUCAAAUACUAUUUUUGUCGGCAGUGCCCCCAGAAAUUCACGAAGCAGUCACUGUUACGAGACCACAUGAAGAUCCAUGUAAAAAUUAAAGCAUCUCUGUCUCAUCGAACAUACAAGAGAAACAUUGAUCGAACACAGUUUGCCCACAAAUGCAACACUUGUAAGAAGCAGUUUCAAAAGCCCAGCCAAUUGAUCCGGCAUAAUCGAAUACAUACAGGAGAACGUCCGUUUGAAUGUGCCAUAUGUCAUAAGACAUUCAACCAAAAAGGGGCACUGCAGAUCCACAUGACCAAACACAGUGGGGAACGUCCUCAUCACUGUGAUUUCUGCCCCGCUUCAUUUUCUCAGCGAGGGAAUCUUCGUGCUCAUAUCCAGCGUGUUCACUCUGCUGAUCCUGAGCAAGCAUCGAAUGUUUUCAAGUGUGAAGAGUGUGCCUGCGUUUUCCGUAAACUGGGGAGCCUCAAUGCUCAUAUGAGCCGUGCCCAUUCUGGUCAUGUAGUCCUCAGUGGAGUAGUGAGCAAGAAAGAUGCUCUAGAAAAUCUGGCCAAAACCAAAAUGUUGCAGAAGAAGAAAAUAUCCCAAAAUGGCAGUUCUGGUGGAGAAGAUCGUGGAAAUGCUGACCUCCUGCAGCAGGCCCUAGAAAACAGUGGCCUUACUCAGGGUCCAUCUACUAGUGAGCCUCCUGCAACGAAUGAAACCACGACAGCCAAAGAUGCGAAUACCAGCAAUCCUUCUGUUUCUCAGUCAAAUACAUUAGAAAUUUCAGUUGGGGGUGGGGCUGCUCCGUCGGCUGACAGCCCUCCAACCUCUGUGGCACAUGUACCUGCUGCAGCCACCUCUGACAGUAGUGCAGUUCCAGAUGGUGCUGAAACAAAUGGUGUAGCAGUUAUCCCUCAGGGGAUGUAUCCAAAUGAAACGGGGGAGGCUAUGGUGAUGUCUGUAGCGGACACUGCUACAGGACAGCUCAAGAUGCACAUCUAUCGCAUUGUUGGCAAAGUUCGAUGGCACCAGUGCAUGUACUGCACAAAGGAGUUCAAGAAGCCGAGUGACCUGGUGCGUCACAUUCGUAUUCACACCCAAGAGAAGCCCUACAAGUGUGAGCGGUGCUUCAGGGCCUUUGCGGUGAAAAGUACUCUCACGGCUCAUAUGCGUGCCACCCACCUAGGCCUAAGGCAAUACACCUGCCCUACUUGCCACAAGAGCUUCUCGGCCAAGGGGUCUCUCAAAGUUCACCUCUGCACUCAUACUGGUGACAAGCCAUAUAGGUGUGGUGUUUGCAGCAAGUCUUUUAGUUCUUCAACACGCUGCAAAAGUCACGUUGUAACACACUGCCUUAAUGAAGAAGGGGCAAAAAAUGUAACAGCAACAUCUCAGAAGAGGGUACUACAUGCACCAGGUGAACCAGAGGACUUGGGCUCUUUUAUUCCCAUACAGGAGCCGAUAUAUAUAUCCGAAGCAGAAGAUAGCACACCCCGUCCCCUGGAAGUUCCUGACCGAAUGGCUGGGGCUGAUCGGCCAUUUAAGUGCCACUUGUGCCCACUAGGAUUUAAGCGUUCCAGUCACCUGAAACAACACCUGCGUUCUCACACGGGUGAAAAGCCAUUUCGAUGUGAGGAGUGCAAACGCUGCUUUGUUUCCAAUGGAGUCUUACGAGCCCACCUUAAGACACAUUUGGGUGUACGGGCAUUCAAGUGCAACGUGUGCAGUUCCAGCUUCACAACAAAUGGCUCACUAAAGCGACACAUGUGUACCCACAGCAACUUGCGUCCUUUCAUGUGUCCUUAUUGCCAGAAGACUUUUAAGACCUCUGUCAACUGCAAAAAACAUAUGAAGAUACAUCGGCAAGAAUUGAUGGAACAACAGAGCAACCAAGCCAGUGGUGCAUGCACUACGACUGCUCCAAGUAUAAUCCUCACUGAAUCUCUGGUAGAUUCAUUAGCUCCUGUUAAUCCUGAUGACGUGUUGGGUCAGAAUCGUGCUCCUCCUGUUGGUGCAGAACAAACUCUAGGUGCAGAUGAGCAAGAAUUCACAGGGCAGGAUGUCUUAGUGCAAGAAAAUAUGGAGCUCCAAGAAUCCUUAUUCGAGACACAGGGAGAACAAGUGGAAACUGGGCAAGGGUCUCAUAUAUUUGCUCAGGGUAAUUUCUUUACACAGACUCUCCAUCAGUUUAGUGCAUCUACGCUGUCUUCCAAACAGUUCACACUACAGACCGAGGCACUAGAUGUGGAUGCCCUGGCCAACACUUUUGUGACGACAUCAGGAGUGGACACAGAAACCUGUGUUUUGGAAAAUGACCACGAUGGGGGAGAGGUGAUAGAAGAAAACAUUGAUGACCACAGGGGGGAAGCAGUUUUAGCAUCCUUGCAGCAAGCAGCUGAUGACUUCCUGCGAGAAGAUUAUACCGAAGAGGACAUUGAGAAUAGACCCUUCCAGUGCAAGGACUGCGGCAAGCGAUUCCGACGGUCCAACCACCUCAAGGUGCAUGCACGGUCACAUGACAACAAACAAAUCUGCAGCACCUGUUCACGCUCCUUUGCCAAUUUGAGUUUGUUGCGUGCCCACGCACGUACACAUGCUUCUACAGUUAACACUCCGAGGGAACAUCGCUGUGAACAGUGUAAUGCACGCUUUGCAACAGGAUUUUCACUGCGCCGCCAUUGCAUCACACACUCUGCAGAAGGGGGAAGUGUUUCAACUAAUUUCUCUGUUUGUGAUGUCUGUGGAGCAAGCUUUGUUCAUGCAGUACAGUUGCGGAAGCACAUCAAUGAACAGCACCCGCAGGAAAAAAUUAAUGCGGAGGAAGCUUCAGUUGCUGCUGCAUUGGAGAAGGCAGCAUCUGCUGCACAGGUUGCAGAAACUGAUGGCACAGUAGCUGUUGAAGAAGUGUCUGAAACAUCCAUAGCACCUUCAGGGGCAGUAAUUAUCACAUCUGCGCACGACACAAGUGCUCUUAGUGCAGUGCCUCUACCUCAGGAAGUGACAGCUGCAAUGAUCACAUCAGGAGGAAAUGUUUCAACUUCAACAUCACGAAAGUUUGCUACAUUUUCGGAGCAACACAUACGCGAGCUAGCAAAGAAAACUGGGAAAGCUACUCUCACAGUAUCAGAACGAGCUCUACUGGCUUCUGCAGCAGAAAAAGAUCGUGUCAGUCUAGUUAAGGAUAACACAGAAGCUUGGCAGGAUGAGCCACGUUACGCCAACCGCUGUGAACACUGUCCCAAAAGUUUCAAAAAGCCCAGUGACCUAGCACGGCAUGUGCGCAUCCACACUGGAGAGAAGCCCUUUACCUGCGAGCUAUGUCAAAAGAGCUUUACUGUUAAAUCUACGCUUGAUACUCACAUCCGGACCCACCGUGGAGAAAAGAACUUCCACUGCCAUGUUUGCUCGUCAUACUUUUCUACUAUGGGAAGCCUCAAGGUUCACAUGAGAUUGCAUACUGGGUCACGACCAUUCAAGUGCCCACACUGCGAUCUUCGUUUUCGUACUUCUGGCCAUCGCAAAAGCCACAUUGUUACCCAUUUCAAGAGAGCAGGUGUACGCCGCCGCAAAGUGCUGGAAGGGCAAACCCACAUGGUAGCGGAAAUGAACACUGCAGAAGAGGAAGAAGAUGCUGUCGAUAAUAACAUUGUCGAAAUACCUGCACAGGAUGGAGAUGCUCUGGAAAGCUUUGAGUUGGCUCCUGGAAUCCAAAUCACGGGACUGAAUCCCACUACCCAAACGGUGCAGAUAGAUGCAACUCUGCUACAGCAACUGCAGCAGUUACAACAGCAGGGAGGGAUCAACAUCUCUAUCACACCUAGUGUACUACAGGGAUCAGUUACAUCCUUGGCAUCAGAAAAUGAGAAUUCGGCACAAAUUGAUGCUUCAGCUCUACUUGCUGGGACUCUCCUUCAAGAAGAAACUGGCCCUAUUGUCCUAGGUCAGAGCCUGGGUCUUCCUAUUACAUCGCAAGCAUCUGAAACAAGUGCAUCAGCAUUAGAAGGCUCUGUGACAUUAGAAGUGAUCAACAACGUAGAGAAAAUGGUAGAAGAAUCUACAGUUGUAACUAAUUUAGUGCAAGAUAGUCCACUACUUCAGGACAAUGCUGAAGGUAUCAUUAUCAGAAUGUCAGAUACAGGAGUUGCAGCAGUUGAUAACAAUGACCUUGUGACUGUUCAGAAUGAACUAUGUGAAAAUCCAUUGAGCUGUCCCAUUUGUGGAAAGACAUACAAGCGUGCGAGCCACCUAAGGGACCACAUGGAGUCUCAUAAAAGUGAAGAAGAAAAAGCCAAGCAUGCCUUGUACAAGUGCACAGAAUGUCCCAAGGGUUUCUCAAAGCCAAGCCAGUUGAAAAGGCAUGAAAGGAUACACACGGGUGAACGACCCUUUGAAUGCAACCUUUGCGGAAAGACAUUUAACCAGAAGAAUGCACUUUUGGUGCAUUUUGUAAAGCAUUCUGGAGUGAAGCCAUUUGAGUGUGGACAUUGUGGCUCUUGCUUCUCACAGAAGUGUAAUCUUCAUGUGCACAUAAAGAGAGUGCACAAAUUGGACAUAAAAACAAGUCCAACCGUGAGCUGAGAUCAGGAAACUAUGCCAGCUUUGCCUGGAAGUGCUUUUGGAAAUCUCAGGAAAAUGGAUCACAAAUGCACCUUAACAGUGGACCACUUCUACUGCAACUAGUUCCUAGCAGGGAUGUCUUCGCUGCUCAUAGUGCAUAUAUGGGUAGACUUGCCUGACUGGUUCUACACGUGAAGUUAUGUGAAUGUGUGGAACAGAUGUGAGUUACCAAAGCAGGAAUUUCUACGUGCAAUGCCAUCCUCUGUUAGAACACGGCACAGGGGCUCUAUCUCACUCUAUGCAAACGUCCGUCCCAGACCCACACAGUGCUGACCCCAUCUUAGCAUGAUCACUAAUCAAUGUGACGGUCAUGGAGAGGAGCCACCAUCAGCGGUGGGGGCAGUCACUUGUAGCCACAGGCUUCCAGCGUUUAAAAAUAUUUUUCGUGGUUGGCUGAAACGGACAACGUCGUGUCCACGCCAUGGCCAUAGCCAAGAGGCGUGGAGCGGGUCUUUUUUAGUAUAGGAAGUACUGGGCAGUCGCUGCCUUCAGCCAAUAGGCUGUAAGCGAUAAGAGAUAACUGUAUCAUUCUAUAACAUCUUUCAUACCUGGGAAUGUUAGCUUUCUUGGUACCAUACCCUUCUAAGAGCUUGUGCAUUUUUUACAUUUAUUUUCAGUAUCUCAAGGACAUAUGUAUUACGAAAGGGAACGGGAGAUACAAGGUCAAAGGAAUCCUGUACAUGUUCUACGUGUACUACAUGUAGAAUACACAAUAGACAUGAGGAAAAAAGGCAUGAAAGGAUCCAACAGGAAAGGUUAUGCAGCAAUACAGAAAUGCUCAAACACUGAAUUCUUGAAGAAGGUAAUGCUAGUUAGUAGAAAGGUAGAACAUCCAGUGAACCAGUAAGGAAACGUUAGGGGAAGAGCCUUAGGAUGAGAGCUGCCGAUAUUUCGAAUGGAGACUGUUCUUCUCGGCGGAGUGAUACUGCUAGUAAGUGAUGUAUAAGGGAAUCAGGAAAGCGAUUCCAUUCAACAGAUAUUUGUAGCGCAAACGACACAGAAAAAGGUUUAGUGAAACAGCAAUGAACGCCUUUAAUUACGAAUUCAGAGUGAAAUAUAACGAAGGAAGGAGAGAGAAGACAGGAUUAUGAUUUGAAUUUUCUGGCAAUGGCAAAGACAAUAAAUUUUGUGGUGUAAUGGCUGUAGCAGGCGGAAUGAUACCUGUUAUCAGCCGAUAAAAGCUGGGUAUUGCCCGGGACAGUUGGCAUCGUUGAGGGUUCCCUUGGCACAUGAAUUUUCAGAGUUAGUACAUGCAAGUAUAUGUAAUGUGUAGGGUUUCUAAUGUUUACUAUUACUUUUUAAAUGCAGUGUGAAAUAUUGGUGACAUCUUAUUUAAUAUUUUGGUUACAGUUCCAAUGAAAACCUGAACUUGAUGUAAUAAAUUGCUGGGCACA